AUGGCAUUGACACUAAUUCUUUUAUCAAUCCUUAUUUGUCUUUGUUUAACAUAUAUUCUAAGAAUAUUUACACGUUAUCAAUAUUUCAAACAACGCAAUAUUCCCACACCACCGUAUGAAUUUUUUUAUGGUCAUUUAAGAGCUAUAUGGAAUGUCCAAUCACGAUCAAAACUAAUGCAAGAAUGGACACGUAUAUAUGGGAAAAUAUAUGGUAUAUUUGAAGGUACAACACCUGUGUAUGUUGUAUCCGAUGUCGAUUUUUUACAAGACGUAUUUAUAAAACAAUUUUCAAAUUUUUAUGCAAGACGACCAACUGUAGCAUUUAAUUUGUCAUCGUCACCAAAUGCAUCAGUACUUGAUGCGAAUGGAUUGAAAUGGAAACGACAACGUUCUGUUAUAAAUCCAACGUUUUCAUCAUUAAAAUUAAAGCAAAUGUCACCAUUGAUCAACGAUUGUGUUGAUCAAAUAAUGAGCAAAUUAGCCGAACAUUAUGAAUCAAAACAAGAAUUUAAUAUUUAUGUUUUAUAUAAACGUCUGACAAUGGAUGUUAUAUGUCGUUGUGCCUUUGGUGUUGAUACGAAUAUGCAAAAUGAUCCGGAAAAUGUAUAUUUAAAACAAUCAGAUAAAUUAUUUGCAAUCGAUUUAGGUGCACAUCCAAUAACAAAACUUCGACAAUUGAUACCCGAAUUUAAUACAUUGUUUGCUAAUCUAUUUGUUAUCUAUAAUUAUUGUCAAGGAAUGAUAAAUAAAUUUAUACCAUGGUCAGUAAAAAUGUUUCAACAAAUGCCAAUAUUUUGGCUCCUUAAUCGUAUCCAUGAGUUGGUCGAAUUGCGAUUGAAAAACACAAAUGCACGAGUUGAUCUAUUACAAUUGAUGUUAGAAGCAGCAACCCGACAGCAAAUAACGGUAUAG